AUGACUUUUCUUUACAAAUCAAGAGAUUUCCACAUUGCUCUUUCCUUCUCUUUCUGUCUUUUUCAUUCACCUCUCCUUUCUUGUUUUAAUCUUUCUUUCUGGUUUUCCUACUUUGUUCAUUAUUUUUUUUCUUUUUUCUUCAUGUCACUAAGUAGAAUAUUCUUUUUCUUCAACUUCUUAUUCUUUCUUGCAAUCAUUUUGAGCUUAUUUCUCACAUUUUUUUUCUUUCGUUCAUUCUGUUUUCUUUCUUUUCAUUUUAUUUUUUCAUUUCUUUCUUAUAUUUUCACUUUUAUGCUUUUCUUUCUUUCUUUCUUUCUUUCCUUCUUUCUUUCUUUCUUUCUAAUUCACUUUUUCACUUCUUCCUUUCUUCAACAUUCUGUUUUUUCUUUUUCUUUUUCAUUCACUCUGAUUCUCUCUUUUCAUAUUCAUUCUACUUCUUUCUUUCUUCCUCAUUCACUCUCUCUAAUCACUGCUUCUUUCUUUCUUUUAUCUUUCUUAUUCGUUCUAAUUUUCUUUUUUUAUUUCUCGUUCACUCUGCUUUCUUUCUUCAUCAUUCAUUUUCCUUCUUUCUUCCUCAUUUAUUCUCUAUCUUUUUUAAUCACUGUGCCUUUCUUUAUUUUAUCUUUCUCAUUCACUCUUUUUAUUUCACGUCCUCUCUGCUUCAUUUUUUCUUAUUCAUUCUCUUUCUUUCUUCCUCAUAUACUCUGCUUCUUUUUUCUUUUGUGUUUUCUUAUUCACUCUAUUCCUUAUUCUAUUUUUUCUUUUUUAUUCACUCAUUUCUCUUCUUUUCUAAUAUUUCAUGUCACUGCCAACAUAAACUGCCACUUUUGUCUUUAA